AUGGGAACCGAACUGACAGUAACUGUUGUACAGUAUUUGUUGAGUACUAAGAAAUUCUUCAGGGGAAUACUCAGUAGGGGUGGAAACGCACCUUUCUUUAAGAAAUUUUUUGGCGUAUAUGGACCAGUUGUCAGAUUGCACGGCGCAUUUGGUAGUGACCUUGUAUUACUAAGUAGACCAGAGCACGCUAGUGCAGUUUUCCAGACAGAAGGCCCCUAUCCAAUCAGGUCAUGUUUAGAUUCCGUAGGGCAGUCUCGCCUGCAAUGUAAAAAUUAUAAGCAAGCUGGACCGUUCUUAACUCACUGGCCGGAAUGGGAGAAACUAAGAAAAUCUGUAGAAGCUCCGUUACAGUCGAUUGUUAGUGAACAACAAGCUAGCAUUGAUAAAACUAAUUCUGAUUUUGUACAAAGAAUAAUCUCCAUUAAAAAUAUACAAGAAGAAAUGUCCGCAAAUUCUCAAACUGAAAUUUUAAAUGGACCUUAG